AUUCUGAAAAAACCAGACCGGAAACCGUGUUGUUAUUACCGCUCGCGGAACACGCGCGAGGUAAAUUGAGUAGUUAACGUCAGUGCGAAAAAGGCAUCAAAGUAACUUAGAUAAAGUUAGGAAAUCCUUUAUUUUGUGGUAGUUUUUUUGCUGUAAUAGCACGCACUGGAGCGUUUGACCAACCAACGGAGGUCAUAUUAGCAACUAAGCUAGCUAAUUAACUUAAAUCUGUAAGCGCAUAGUGUGUACGUUUGUUAGCCCGCUAGCCAAGCAUAGCUAACUUCACUCAUUUCAAAUAGCGUCGACGUCUAAGAGCCAAGUUGUACUUUAAAAUAAACCUUUUAUUUAGCUUCCGAGACUUCCGAGAAAAGGGACGUCUGUCACGGUGUCGUUAGCGGCCGUUGGGAAUGUCGCCUCCUCUAUAUCUGUCGUUAUUAGGUCGCCAGAGUCAUGAAAGGUCAACGAACAUAUCAGACAGCGAUUCAGAGGAAGAGCCCAAGCUCCCCCUCAAUCAAUUAUAUCCGUAUAUCCGCUGUGCUCUUUGCUGUGGCUUCUUCAUCGACGCCACCACCAUCACGGAGUGCCUGCACACAUUUUGCAAAUGCUGCAUCGUGAAGCACUUUUUCCAUAGCAACAGGUGUCCCACGUGUGGCAUCGUUGUCCACCAGACGCAACCCCUUUACAACAUCAGGCCUGACAGACAGCUGCAGGAUAUCGUUUACAAAAUGGUUCCCUUCCUGGAGAAGUCUGAACAAGUGCGAAUGUGUAACUUCUACAAAGAGAGAGGGCUGCCGGUGCCAAAAGCAGUGGUGGUCUCCCCUCCGGGUCCAGUGGUGAUAAAGAGGCAGAAGAAGGAAAACAUUCCCCAGUCUAUGUUCACCAUUCCUCCGGAGCUGGACGUAUCUCUUCUGCUGGAUUUUGUUGGGGCUGAAGAGGGCAUCAAUAGCUAUAAGCCGUUGGAGAGGCGGUACGUUCGCGUGUCGGGCGAGGCCACCGUCCGCCACGUGGAGCUGUUCAUCAGGAGGAAGAUGGAGCUGAGCACCACCUGCCAGGUGGAUGUGGUUUGUGGAGACCACCUGCUGGACCACUACCAGUCGCUCAAAGACAUACAGAACUCUGUGGGCGAAGAGGCACUCCAGGAUGGUCUGUUGGUGCUGCACUUUGGCCUGGUCCUGCCCUCCCAGCCUUAAGAAUCAAGGUGUACGGAACACUUUUUGGGGGUUUUGUUCCUCUUCCUCGGGCUCUGGUCAUAAUGUGGAGGGAAGUUUCUAGGUGCUCCACAGCUGCUCGGGACGUCUUGUCAGCUGGUGGCCGGCGAGACGUUCUUCAACAAAUGUUUGACUCGAGACUCAUCGUCUCGUAUUCGGGGCGAGCCGCGCAUCUGCAGCAGGCCUUCGCUAAACUGUACGGUGCCCCUCUGCCAGUGGGUCUGUAACUUUUGAAGCGGCGACUCUGGGAAGGUGAAACGACGUCGGGUCUGAAGAGCUGCAUCAUUCUAGUUAAGUCAUCUCUCUCUCUGGAAAGCGGGGGCCGCUAUCUAAAUUCCCUCUAUUUAUGAUCCAAGGGCUCGGGGGGAUUUCAGAUCAUUUUUAAAGGGCUUGAAACUACAACUACCAAAGGUUUGUGUGUGUUUAUUUUUAAUUGCAACUUGGUUCUUGUUGAUGUACUUGUUUAAAUUAAGAGCUUUUGUAUAGGCUCUCUGCUGAUGUAAAUAAUGCAUUUGACUUGAUGCUCACCAGAUGAGGACAAAAGUAGUUUUGUAUAGUCUAUGAAACGUUUCCUACUUGCUUUUUUCAGAAUUGACUAUUAAAUUACUAGAAAAAACA